UUAUACGCUCAUCUUAUUCUGAAUUAGUUCACUGAUUGAUUAACCACUUGUUGCGUUGUACGCGGCGUUUUCAAAACUCAAACAUUUAGUGCUCCAGAGGUAUGCGUUCCUAGUAACCUAUUUAAAACUACUUUAUAACUCAGUGUUAUUAUUUCCGACUUUUAUCACCAUGCGUAUACUUAUAUAUGAUACCUAAUUGAUAAGCCUGAGUAUAUACAGAUAACACCAUACCGACACUCAGUUACGCAUACUUCAGUUAGUGUAGAACCUUGCAUAAUUAGUGUUUACGAAACGGACCAGUUUUCAGUGCUUGUUUUAGAAACAAAUCAGUGAUUGUGGUGAUAUGUAUGAGUGAUGCGCCCGCGCUGAUGCAAGUGUAGAGUGUAGCGAUAGACCUAUUUUCGUAGCACGGAAAUAAGAGCGGCAAAAGGAGCAAAAAGCAUUCACUACCUAAAAACUUGAGGACGCAUACAUCUAUGUCGAGAGUGUAUUUUUGUCUGAUGUGAUUCAAUGUCCAUAACGGUUGAGUGUGAAGUUUAGUUUUAGUGUAAUUAUAACUACGAAAAUGAAGAAAAGAACGAUUUCCAAACUGAUAUCAAUAUUUGGCUCGAAGAAAGGCAAACGACAAGCACAACAGCAAUCGUCAAAGUCCUCGCGGUCCCCGUCGCCGGAAUCAGCGGGUCCGGUUUCCCCGGCCAGCAAUGAAUCCUUUCGACCAAUCCUCCGAACUCCGCCGCCUUCCCGUGCUGGUCCCCCACCUUCCCCGCCAGUACCAACUCACCCUAUAGCCCCUGUCGCCCCAGAGCCAUCUGGGCCUUUACCUCUCCUACCAUGUCCGGUGUGCGACAGAACCUUCGUACCUCAAUCCCUCGCCAAACACGUGAAGAUCUGCGAAAAGAUGACCGUGAAGAAACGAAAGACCUUCGACUCCUCGAGACAACGACGUGAAGGCACGGACUUAGAACAAUACUUGCCAAAGAAUUUCGGUCUUCCAGAAAACAGCCCCUUCAUCGAGAAGAGCCCGCCCAACACUGCCAAGACAACACUGAAGCCCAAAACUCAGUCAGUCAGAAAAGCUAUUAUGAAGCCAGCGGCGGAUUUACAGAAGUGCCCGCACUGUAGCCGCAACUUCGGAAUGCGUGCGUUCGAACGCCACGUGGAGUGGUGUGCGGACAAGGCGAAGAUACUGCCGGCCGCACCGCAACAGCCUCCGCCGCACAUCGCCGACGCAAAACAAAGACUCAACGCACGGACACAGUACAAAGCACCUCUUGCUCGCGGGAGACGUUCGUCGCAAACUCGAGACAAAUCUUCCAAUAGUCGGUCUGCGUCAGUAGAGUCGGUUCGCGGCGUAUCCCCACCCCGCGAAUAUGGUGACUACAGACACCCCAGGACAAGAGCAUCGGAGUCGAUGUCAAGUAAUGACUGCCACGAAGAAGCUUCCCCUCACGUUCCAAUUAUCAGGAAUUUGAGGACAUCGCAAAAUAACUCAUCGGGUGAUGCUAACAUCAAAGCGAGACAAGCGAGACUGGCUAGAGAUCUAAGCAGUUCUAGACUCGAUGACACUUACGAUCCCUUUGUGUCAGCUGCUAGGCAGAUGAAGGAACUCAUGUCAUCUGACACAAACAUUCCUAAAAAAGUUCAUAAUAUCUCCAAAGAUCCUAAUAGAACCUUACCUAGCUUACGUCCUGUUAAAGAUAAGCAGUCUACACCACAUCUGCGAUCAGACAACUCUAAAAAAAUAAAAGACACGAUAAACAAAACUUACCAAAAAACACCAACCUUGCAAAGAAUGAAAUCUUUCGGUAGCACAAAUAAUGACAACAGUAGUAACUCUUUCGGUGGUAGGUGCAAUUCCUUCAGACUUAACAGAAAUGAUAAAAAAGGUAAUCAAAAGCUAAAUACAACAUUUACGAAAUCUAGUAAGGAAAACAUAAGCACAACCGAAAAAUCUUACUUCAGUCGUAGCAGUAAUUUAAAUAGGUCCUUUUCAAGUUACUCAAAUUCUAGUUACAGCACACCUAAACUAAAAGACAAAAUCCCAAAAAUAUCACAAUCAAUGCAUCACGGUUUUCAGCGUAAUACUACUAAACAACCUCUAAAGUUAGACAAAAUCAAUAAAAACGAAGGGAAGAAAGAUUUCAUAAAUCUCAAUUCAUUACUUUCCUUUGACAAUAAUACAUCAAUGACAGAUAGUAAUUACAUAGACCCUAGGCUUAUUAACGAAAACGACAACUUGCCAAUAAAUGUUAAUACCAUAUUCAAUAAUCCAGACAUCAUAAGUAGCAUGGAAUCACUGCUUACCACAGAAAAUUUACCCGCAAAAUUCGAAUCUUUUAGUGCAGCUAAAAAUAACCAUACCGAAAGUAACAACAUGACCGAUUCCUUGUGCCUUAAAGUUGAAAAGAAUAACAAUCUUAAUCUCAAAAAAAAUAGCUCUUCAACUAUUAGCGAUUUUAGCUCUAAGUACGAUAAAAUUAUGUCUUCUAUAGAACAAACUAUAGCAUCGAAGACUUCCGUUAGAGAUGAUGAUUCUCUAUGUGAAGACUUUGAUCUUGAAGAAUUUAUGAUUUCUUUUGAUGAAGAGGUUCAUAAACAAAAACCAGAAAAUAUGCGCAUUUGUAGUUCCACAACCAGAGUCGUAGCGUCUGACAUGUGUAAUGAUGUUAGAGGUUCCGAAACUAAAGUUGUUAAUUCUCCAAAAGUAGUUAAUGGUGUUAGUAAUGGAUUUAUUCCAGUAAAUAAAUCUACGUCCCUUAUUUUUAGCAGUAACAAUGUUGUGGGUGAUAAGCUUUUCCCAUCCUCUGUCAAACGUUCCAUGUCCCUCCUCGAUUCCAUUCAAAAGAAGGCCGGUACAAAGAUAGACAAUUCGAAAGGACGUCACCAAACAGACCAAUUAGAAGAAGAUUUAAUGCAGUCUCUAAAGGAUUUUGAUAAAUUUUACGAGUCAGAAAAAAAUGAUAACCACUCGUCGAACAAAGAGGUGGUCAGUAAUCAUAACAAAAAUACAUACCACAAUACGACCAAGAAAGAGUUUCGUCGAAAAACUGACCAUAAGAAAGGAAAAAAUGAUAACAUCUCCAACGGAAACUACACACCGAAUGGGAAAUCAAGCACAGAUUCGGCGUAUAGCAGGUUAGUCAGCUUAAAUAGAAUUUCUCCAUCUAAACUAUCUUUAUGCAACGCAAAAGAAUCGAAUGGAGUCGCAUCAUUGGAACAAAUACCUGCCGGGUCAGAUACAAGCGGGAGUCACAAAGAUGACAUUCGCUCCAUAUCCAGUGAAGAGUUCUUAGCGAUGGAACGAUCGGCGGAGUUAGAUGGACCAAUUAAAUCUUCCAAUGGAAGAUUGGACAUGAACAAGGAAUUGGAACCUUUAGCAAUCAAUGAUAAGCGCGUCAGUUCUCGCGCAUCUUCACGCCACAGUCCUACGUGGCGAGCUCGGCCGGAACCAAUAAGCUCGAGCGGGUCAGAGUCAUCGCUACAUCGACCCCGAAGAGACUCUGUUCCCGCUCAGCGCCUAUCUCGCUUCUGUCACGAAUGCGGAAAUAAGUUUCCCGUUGAAACCGCCAAAUUUUGCAUUGAAUGUGGUGUUAAAAGACUUUUAAUAUAAAAUUUAUAGUGACCGUGUGUGAGCGAUUUCUAGUCUAAAUAGCUUAUCGAAGAGUUUGAGCUACGUCAUAUUUACUGCUCCAAAUAAGGCAGUACCAAUGCCAUUUAAAGCGUUUUUAUUGCAGUGUUUGAUGCAGAGAUACCGAGAGUUUUUUCCGGUGUACCAUUGUAAUGUUUGGGUUUUGCUAAUUUUUAAUACAAUAGGUAUAAACAAAUUAUGGUCUCGAUAAAUACAAUGAGUAAAAGUUUAAUAUUACAUUCGUUAUUUGUUAUACAGAGUUUUGGCUUUGUUAUUUUUAUGCAAUCGUGGCAAAGGAUCUCUUUAUCACUGGCAGCUAUAGUAAAAAUGAUUUUUUAAAAAUUUAAAUACCCAUUUAAGAAAGAAUGUCAGAUCUUUGAAAAAGAAAGCAUAUUGCUUUUAUAGAAAUAAAACGUAGGAAGUAGCUCUAUUAAUUUUGUAACUACCAAUAACAUAGUGUUACCAAAAAUAACUGCUAUAGUAAUUAGUGCCUUCCCCUGUAUUUGAUUAAAUACUAAAUAAUCCUAGAAAUAUUUUAAAUUUUAUUUAUUGAACUGGGGCCAGAAGCUUUCAAAUUAAAAAAAUCUGUGAUAUAUCAGAAAAACAUGAUCGAUAAAAAUAUAAUUUAUUUCAAUCACAAAUGAAUUAAGUGCCAAUUUUUCUUUCAGUUUUGAAUGGAAUUUUACGAAUCUAUAUUUUUAUUUAAGUUUUGCAAUUGUUGUUAAAAGAAUGUUUACUUAUUCUUUUUUAAUUUAAACACACUUAAUUGAAUUCUAAUAAUUAACAUCUCCUAUUCUACAAAUGUAGCCAUUUUUAACAAGACUG